UGGUUCGCCAUUUUGCUGUAAGACGGCGUGCGGAGCGCUGUCCUCUCUUCCUUCGGCAGCCGAGGCUGCGGCGGGCCGGGCUGGGGUCGGGACCAGGGCCCUCAUUCAAACCCAUCUUCUUAUUAAAACUACCUCCCCAGAUGUGGGGCUGGAGAUGUGUGUGGCCGACUCAGUGGUUAAGAGUUAGUUGUUCAGGACUGGACUUUGAGUCCCAGCACCCAUCCACGUGGCAGCCCAUAACCACCUCUAAUGCCAGUCUCACAGAAUCUGACACCCUCUUCUGGCCUCCAAGGGUACCAGGCUCACGUGUACAGACAAACAUGCAGGAGGAAUUUGGUUGUCAGAGAAUAACAGGAGGUUGUCCAUAAUUGACUUUAAGCAGCAAACAGUAAAGCACUGAGCUCUUCAGCUUCGCCUUUCUUGCUCUGAGACGUGGAAAGCUAAGAAGGUUUUGAUGUUUUGUGUGGCGCCUCCUGAAUUAGAAACCAAGAUGAACAUAACCAAAGGAGGUCUGGUGUUGUUUUCAGCAAAUUCCAAUUCCUCCUGUAUGGAGCUUUCAAAGAAAAUUGCUGAGCGGCUGGGGGUGGAGAUGGGCAAAGUGCAGGUUUACCAGGAACCUAACAGAGAAACAAGAGUCCAAAUUCAAGAGUCUGUGAGAGGAAAAGAUGUAUUUAUCAUCCAGACCAUUUCAAAGGAUGUGAACACCACUAUCAUGGAGCUCUUGAUCAUGGUGUAUGCAUGUAAGACCUCAUGUGCCAAGAGCAUCAUCGGCGUGAUCCCCUACUUUCCUUAUAGCAAGCAGUGCAAGAUGAGAAAAAGGGGCUCCAUUGUUUCAAAAUUGCUGGCUUCCAUGAUGUGCAAAGCUGGUCUAACUCAUCUCAUCACUAUGGAUUUACACCAGAAGGAAAUCCAGGGCUUCUUCAAUAUUCCAGUGGAUAACUUAAGAGCCUCCCCCUUCCUGUUACAGUAUAUUCAAGAGGAGAUUCCGGAUUAUAGGAACGCAGUCAUCGUGGCCAAGUCUCCAGCUUCAGCCAAGAGGGCACAAUCUUUUGCAGAGCGUCUGCGACUGGGAAUUGCAGUGAUUCAUGGAGAAGCACAGGAUGCUGAGUCUGACUUGGUGGAUGGCCGGCACUCCCCACCCAUGGUCAGGAGUGUAGCUGCCAUCCACCCCAGCCUGGAGAUCCCAAUGCUGAUUCCUAAAGAAAAGCCCCCAAUCACAGUUGUUGGUGACGUCGGAGGAAGAAUUGCCAUCAUUGUGGAUGACAUCAUUGAUGACGUGGAUAGCUUUCUUGCUGCAGCAGAGACCCUGAAGGAAAGAGGCGCAUAUAAGAUCUUUGUGAUGGCAACUCACGGCUUGUUAUCCUCUGAUGCCCCCCGGCUGAUUGAAGAGUCUGCCAUUGAUGAGGUGGUGGUCACUAACACCAUCCCACAUGAAAUCCAGAAGCUCCAGUGCCCCAAGAUCAAAACUGUGGACAUCAGCAUGAUCCUCUCAGAAGCCAUCCGCCGCAUUCACAACGGAGAGUCCAUGUCCUACCUGUUCAGAAACAUAGGCUUAGAUGACUGAACAUUGCUCCCGUGGCAGAACUCCCACUGGUCACAUGGGAAGCCCAGCGUGCAUGCUGGGAGGGCCCUUGCCUGGCCAGGUACUCCUUCCCUCUCCCCACAUUCUCCUGAGUGAUUCCUGUGAUGGAACAAGGACCAACUUUUUAAUGUCAGUUUAGGUUUUUGUGAGUUUAGGGGUAAUUUUUAUAACAGAAAGACCUCCUCUGAAAUAAAAUAAGUUAAAACCUGAUGAUUUUUAGUGUAACCUAAAAGGAUAACACUUGAUGAGGUUUUUAAGCUCAGCCUUUUUUUUUUAAAGUUGCUUGAUCCAAGUAUUCAAAAAAGCUAAAUAAAAUGACCUGCUGUCUACUAUCGAUAGUCAAAAGCUACUGUUGGUUCCAGUGACAUUUUUAGAAAUGCUUUUAUAAUGGGCAUAUAGCGUAUGUGGCUAUUUAUUCUCUGCAACAAAGAAAAAUAAAACCUCAUGUUUGUAUUUUAAGCCUCUGUAUGUGGACAGUCAGUUUUCUGUAUCUGUAAUAGACAGCCACUGAAGACCUGAGUCACUCACAGCUUCUGAACUGUGCUCAUAGCUCUGUCUGGUGAUGCAGUCCUGCCUCUUAUAGGUCCUCAGAAGCCUGCAAAUUCUUGACACAGAGGUGGGGCUCACAGUUCAUCAAUGUGACUCUGUUUUCUUCUUCAGAGUCCAGCCAAUCCUUAGACCAAGAUGUAAAAUAUUAUUUUAAGGUGUGUUACUUUUAUUGAUGCUCUGGAACAUUUGUUUAAUGAUGUAAAGAUGUGUUUGAUUAAAUAAAAUUCACCUGCUGACAGGUAGUAGGGAGGAGCCAAGUGGAAGGGAAGAGGGGCGAGGAGAAACACCAGGGCUUUUGGACAGACAGACAAGAAGGCUAUGAGCUACUUGCAGAAUUCCUCAGGCUGCUCCCCUCAUGGCCUAACCACUGCUGAUAGCCAUGGAGUUGCAGUUUAUGAUUCAGACAGCUGUGGAUUAAAAGACAGCAACAAGUUUAAAAAAAAAA